AUGGUUCAGACGUUAGAAGCCAUAAGAGGUGGAGGUGGAUCUGUCAAAGUAGGUACAACUGGGAAAAUCAGUGCUCUGAUGUCUAGAGAAAUAGAAUCAGCAAAGGCAGCAUCUAAGGCACCUUCCCUGUGUACUUCUGUCGCUGUUUCAGCCAGUGACGUUGCUCCUAGAAAACUGAAUUCUCGAACAUCAAUUAACGAAGCAAGCUGCAGUGCUGCAGUCAAUACCAAAAGUGGUAAAUGCCCUGAACCUGCAAGGAAGACAAAGCAUCGCACUGGAAGAAGUCAUCAUAUUCCAAUGCUCGCAGCUGAUAAUAUGUCGUUAGAUGGAACUCCUAUAAGACAAAAACCUAGUAGAAGGGGUCCUGGUCUAGUUGAAAUUGUUGACAUAAAAUGUGGAAAUCCAGAAAAAGCAUGGACAAACCCGAUAACAAAUCGUCUAAAGAAGCUUGGGUUCUCUAAACUAUCUGAAAGCUUCAGCUAA